AUGUCAGAAAAGCGUGCCGCCUCCGACGACGACGAGGGAGACGAAGGCGCACCCGACGAGGAAUGGGUCGGACCCCUGCCGUCGGAGGCAGCCAAGCCGAAGAGACGGAAGGUGCUGCCGUACGAGCAGACGUACCUGGACGGGCUCCCGUGCGCCGAGAUGUACGAGAAGAGCUACAUGCACCGGGACGUCGUGACGCAUCUCGUCGUCACCCGCACCGACUUCCUCGUCACGGCGAGUGCCGACGGACACAUCAAGUUCUGGAAGAAGCAGGACGAAGGCGUGGAAUUCGUGAAGCACUUCCGCAGUCACCUGGGUGCGAUCCAGGACCUGGCGGCCAACGAGUCGGGAACCCGGCUCUGCUCCAUCGCGGAAGACAAGGCGGUGAAAGUGUUCGACGUGGUGAAUUUCGACAUGAUCAACAUGAUGAAGCUGGACUAUUCGCCUCACUGCUGCGAGUGGAUCCAUCGGGCCGGGGAUGCGAUCGCUGCUCUAGCCGUAUCCGAAGUGAAUUCCUGCAAGAUCUACGUCUACGAUGGACACGGCACCAAAGAGCCGCUUCGGGUCUUGGAACGGCUCCACUUCCAUCCGGUGGUCACGAUCAAGUACAAUCCGGCUUUCCAGAUCGUGGUGUCCUCGGAUCGGGCCGGGAUCCUGGAAUACUGGUGGGGUCUGGAUAAGGAGUUCGAGUUUCCCAAAAGUGCAGUCUCGUUCGAGUCCAAGUUGGACACGGACCUCUUCGAGUUCGCGAAGCACAAGACCCAUCCGCGAUGCGUGACUUUCUCUCCGGACGGGAAGCAGAUGGCGACCUGGGGAUCCGACAAGAAGAUCCGCAUCUUCCGUUUCCUCUCGGGGAAACUGACGAAAGUGUUGGACGAGUCCUUGCAGCACUUCACGGAACUCCAGGGGACGAAGCAGCAGCUGCCGAACAUGGAAUUCGGUCGACGCAUGGCCACGGAGCGGGACCUGGAGAAAUCGGACGCGAUCAGGUUCGGGAACCUGCUGUACGACGAGAGCGGGAAUUUCCUGCUCUAUGCCACGAUGCUGGGAGUGAAGGUGAUCAACCUGGUGACGAACCGCUGCGUGAGGUGGAUCGGGAAGCCGGAGAACCUGCGUUUCCUGCACCUGGGUUUGUUCCAAGGCCGAGCGAAGAAGAAUACCAAGGCGGCCCUGACCAUCGAGUUGGAGGCGUCGGAGAAUCCCACGCUGGAUUCCGCGAGGGCCGACCCCUGCCUCUUCUGCACGGCCUUCAAGAAGAACCGCUUUUACAUCUUCUCCCGGCGGGAGUCGAGCGACGCCAAGAGCCUCGACGACGACCGAGACGUGUUCAACGAGAAGCCGUCGAAGGAGGACAUCAUCGCGGCGACGGAGGCGUCGGGACAGCAGCGCCUGUACGAGACGGCAGUGCUCCACACGACCUUGGGGGACGUGCACGUCAGACUCUUCCCGAAGGAGUGUCCCAAGACGGUGGAGAACUUCUGCCUUCACAGCAAGAACGGAUACUACAACGGGCACAUCUUCCAUCGGGUGAUCAAGGCCUUCAUGAUCCAGACGGGGGACCCGACGGGGACGGGGACCGGGGGGGAGAGCAUCUGGGGCGGGGAGUUCGAGGACGAAUUCCACCCUUCCCUGAGGCACGACCGUCCGUACACGCUCAGCAUGGCCAAUGCGGGACCCAACACGAACGGGAGUCAGUUUUUCAUCACCGUCAUCCCGACUCCGUGGUUGGAUAACAAGCACACGGUGUUCGGGAGGGUGACGAAGGGGAUGGAGGUCAUCCAGAACAUCAGUAACGUGAAGACGCAUCCGAAGACGGAUAAGCCGUACGACGACGUCUCCAUCAUCAGCAUCACCGUCAAGUGA